AUGGCAUCCGCAACUGUUGUUUCACGGCCUUUGCCCACCCUCACUGAGGGCUGGUCUGCCGAGAAGGACUUCAAGCCCGUCGCCUCCGUCACUGCUUCUACCAAGCGGACCAUCGAGCCCAUCGGCCCUCACUUCCUCGCCCACGCCCGCCGCGCCCGCCACAAGCGCACCUUCUCCGAGGAUGACCGCAUCGAGGCCCAGAACGCUGCCAAGAAGAUCGAGAAGGACGAGGACAGCGAUGAGAGCGAGGCUGAGGACCCCAUGAUGCUCCAGCGCGAGGCCAAGGACUGGAAGUCGCAAGACCACUACCAGGUCCUGGGUCUUUCCAAGUACCGCUGGAAGGCCACCGAGGACCAGAUCAAGCGUGCCCACCGCAAGAAGGUCCUCAAGCACCACCCCGACAAGAAGGCUGCUUCGGGCGCCACCGAGGACGACAACUUCUUCAAGUGCAUCCAGAAGGCUACCGAUGUUCUGCUCGACCCCGUCAAGCGCCGCCAGUUCGACUCCGUCGACGAGAAGGCCGAUGUCGAGCCCCCGAGCAAGAAGGAGGCCACCAAGGACUUCUACAAGAAAUGGGGCCGCGUCUUCAAGUCCGAGUCCCGCUUCAGCAGGGUCCAGCCCGUUCCUCAGCUCGGUAACGACGAGUCCACCAAGGAGGACGUCGACACCUUCUACAACUUCUGGUACAACUUCGACAGCUGGAGAUCGUUCGAGUACCUCGACGAGGAUGUACCCGAUGACAACGAGAACCGUGACCAGAAGCGACACAUGGAGCGCAAGAACACCAACUCGCGCAAGAAGAAGAAGGCCGAGGACAACACCCGUCUCCGCAAGCUGGUCGAUGACUGCUUGGCCGGUGACGAGCGUAUCAAGCGCUUCAAGCAGGAGGCCAACGCCGCCAAGAACAAGAAGAAGUUCGAGAAGGAGGCUGCCGAGAAGAAGGCCAAGGAGGACGCUCGCCUCAAGAAGGAAGCCGAGGAGAAGGCUGCCAAGGAGGCUGAAGAGAAGGCCAAGACCGAGCGCGAGGCCAACAAGAAGGCCAAGGAGGCUGCCAAGAACGCUGUCAAGAAGAACAAGCGUGUUCUCAAGGGCAGUGUCAAGGACGCCAACUACUUCGCCUCCGGUGGCGACGCCAGUGCCGCUCAGAUCGAUGCUGUCCUGGGUGACGUCGAGAUUGUCCAGGGCAAGAUUGACCCCGAUGAGAUCGCUGCCCUUGCUGGCAAGUUGAACGGCCUGAAGGUGGCUGAUGAGAUCAAGGGCGUGUGGUCCGAGGAGGUCAAGAGAUUGGUCGGCGCUGGCAAGCUCAAGGAUGGCGACUGCAAGUCCCUCGCCUAA